AUGAUCACGCGCAAUAAGAGUCGGCGAGGAAACGCUUCGACUGAUGAGAAUGUCAUGGAUCAAGGCAAAGUGCUCAAAAAGUCUUUGAGUGUUAGACCUAGACCUAUUCUUGGUGAGAUCAAUCAAAACUUGACCCAGUUUCCUGGAACGACGGCAUCAACAUCAGACCAACGUCUCAAGCGGCACCUCGAUGUCACUAGCGUUAAUGGUCUGCGAGAGUUAAGGAAAUCUGUGCAUCAUUUAUCCCCACAGAUGCGCAUUAACUUUUACCGAUUCUAUAAGCAAAGGAUGCAGGUUCGAAGUGAAUGCUUGUUAAUGGAUUCUUCGCGUUUUGCGAAUCUUCAUGACAAGCUAAUCCUGCCGGACAGAAUCGUAGACUGUGUUGUUCAGGCUUCUUUUGACUAUUAUCAAGACGUCGAGUUUUUGCUCUACCCUUUACCACCUUUAUUUCUGUCUGGUUGUGUGGACUUGACUCCACGAAUGCGACACAUUCUCGUGAAUUGGAUGGUCCAGGUACACCAAGGCUACAAGCUCACCACUGAAACUUUAUUUCUUGCUCUUCGUCUUCUGGACCGAUAUAUAUACAGAUCUGCAAACCAGGUUUCGAGGGAAAUCUUUCAGUUACUAGGAGUAACAGUACUCCAUAUCGCUUCCAAAUUUCUGGAGAUUUUCCCUCCUGACAUAACCGAUUACUCCUCCCUAACAGAGGGAUGCUUUGAUGCAUCGGACAUCUCCGUGUGUGAGCAAAUGAUUCUUAAAGGGAUGGAUUUCUUCAUUAAUAUCCCGUGUCCGCUGUUCUUUUUGCGACGCCUCUCGAAAUCAUUGGGAGUAGACAGUCUUGUCCACAAUCUCUCCAAAUAUUUCCUUGAAUUAGCACUUCAAGAGUAUGAGCUGGCACAUCGCCCUGCCAACUUCCUAUCUACGGUUGCACUCUGCUUAGCGCUUGCUGUUAUAAACAACACGCAUGUUAUCGAUGACGUGUGGGAUAGUAAGUUGGCCUUCCUCAGCGGGUACAGAAUUGACGAUGUGCGAGAAUCUCUGCAAAUUCUCGCAAGAGCUGUGUUGCGUCAAAGCGAACCUUCGAAGUAUCGGGCAACCUAUGACAAGUAUCGUUCUGAUGACCUAUUCCAAAGAGUUGCUGCCAUGCCGGAAUUGGAAUCCAGUACGAUGCACAUGUUGGGCGGCACUCCUUUCUAA